AUGGCGGCCCCCACCACCAACGUUCCUAAAGGCUGUGGCCCCUCCGUGGGCUCCCUGUACUUCAACCUGUGUGACUUGACUGCAGUGUGGGGCAUCGUGGUGGAGUCACUGGCGGCUUUAGGUGUGGUGACGGCCUUCGUCCUCAUCGUCAUCCUCAUGGCCAGCCUUCCCUUCGUGACAGACAGGAAGAGGAAAGGUAUGGUGGCCCUGCAGGCCAGCUUUCUGGUCUUCACCCUUGGCCUCUUUGGCCUCUCUUUUGCCUUUGUCGUGGGCCGGGACUUCACAAGCUGCACCGCGCGCCGCUUCCUGUUUGGUGUACUGUUUGCCGGUGGUCUUGCCUGCCUCCUGAUGCAUGGGCUGUGGCUGGUGCUCCUGAACCGGCAGGGCCAGGGCCCCCAGGGCUGGAUGCUGUGUCUGGGGGCCCUGGCCUUUUGGCUGGUUGAGAUCAUCAUCAAUACAGAGUGGCUGAUCAUCACGGUGGAGAGGAGGCCAAUGACGGCCAGUGGCAGCCCUGACAUCAACUGCAGUAUCACCAACCAGGACUUUGUGAUGGCUUUGAUCUAUGUCAUGGCCCUGAUGCUGGGCGUGGUGCUGAUGGCCGUGCCCUCGCUCACACACAAACACAAGGCCUGGCGGCGGGACGGAGCCUUCAUCCUGGCCACCGGGGUCUGCUCCAUGGCCGUGUGGGUGGCCUGGAUCGUCAUGUACAUCUAUGGGAACCAGGUGGCCGGGGACCCCAGCUGGGACGACCCCACCCUGGCCAUUGCCCUGGUCAGCAAUGCCUGGGUGUUCUUGGUCCUAUACACCAUCCCAGAAAUCUGCUCCCUCACCAAGGAUCAGGAUGAGCAGCCCAGCGAGGGAGAACACAUUAUCUACCCGGUCAGGAGCUUGGUCUAUGAUAACAUUCUGAAGGAGCAGAACACUGCAGCAGCAGCAGCCCAUCAGAACAUGUACAUGGAGAACAAGGCCUUCUCCAUGGACGAACCCAACACAGCCAACAAGCCUGUAUCUCCAUACGGUGGUUAUAGUGGUCAGUUCCGCAGCUGUGUGUACCAGCCCACAGAACUAGCUCUAAUCACCAAGAGCCUGGCAAAUAGGGACCUGUCCCAUGAGACUGGCCUCCCCAGGGCCACGGCCCCCCCUCUAAACCAGAGCAGCAGCUCCCUGCCUCGCUCCCUAGUGCCCCUACCCACCACAGGACUGUCCCCAGCAGUCAGUCCCCUGGGUGUGUUUGUCAGGAUUGGACCCUGA